AUGAUUUUUGGAUGCAGAAAUUACUGGGGUUACUUUUUUCCGCGGAAAAUUUUGAGUUUUUAUAGAGAAUUGAGGAUUUUAGCAAUUGAAACAUCAUGUGAUGAUACAAGUGUCUGUUUGCUUGAGAAUUGUAUUGAUAAGGGUUUUUCUGAGGUUUUAUACCAUAAAACAGAGAGAUCAUUGAGUGAGAACGAGAAGUUUGGUGGGAUUCAUCCAGAAGUUUCAAUUGUGUAUCAUCAGAAGAAAUUGUCAUAUAUUUUAAAAGAAGUUUUUGAUGAGUAUAUUUGUGGCCGACGGAAUAUAGAUUUAAUUGCUGUGACGCAAGGUCCUGGGAUGAUUGGAUCUUUGUCAGUGGGAUUGAAUACGGCAAAGGGUUUAUCAGUAGCCUUAGAUGUUCCUUUGAUUGGGAUUCAUCAUAUGCAAGCACAUUCUCUUACUCCUCGAUUGAUUAGUAGUGGAAAAUAUCCGGAAUUUCCUUAUUUAAGUUUAUUACUUUCAGGUGGACAUACAUUAUUAGUAAGGUCACGAAGUGUUAUAGAGCAUGAUAUUUUGGCAUCUACAUUGGAUAUUUCAGUGGGGGAUAUGAUUGAUAAAUGUGCAAGACUCUUAAAAGUUGAUUGGAAUGGCAUGAUGCCUGGACAAGCUCUUGAAAAUUGGUCAAAAAGUGGUGAUCCAUCAAUGGAUACAGACACAGUAUGGAACUUGCCUGAACCUCUUAUGAAAAACCCGGAAAAUCGAUCUAAACUUGCAUUUUCUUUUUCGGGAUUAGGUUCAUCUGUUGAUCGAAUUGUUAAAAGGUCAUCUUUUAAUGAAUUUCAACUGAAAAGUCUAGCCAGAUCAUUACAAAUAUCUGCAUUCAAUCAUAUUUCCCGCUGUCUUCUAUUAGGACUAGAAAAAAUUGACGGUUAUGUUACAGGAAUUGUGAUAAGUGGAGGUGUUGCUAGGAAUUCUUUUUUAAAAACUAUAUUACACACAAAACUAAAUAACAGUCCUUACAAACAUAUUCCGCUCUUUUUUCCUCCUACUGAACUGUGCAGUGAUAAUUCUGCUAUGAUUGCAUGGACUGCUUAUGAAAUGUAUAGUCUUGGUUAUAUUUCAGAUCUUUCAAUACUUCCUAUUAGAAAAUGGCCAAUUGAUCAGCUGUUAGAACUAGGGAAGUAUAUAGUUUAUGACAACUAGUAUAUUUA